GCGAGCUCCGCGCCAGCCUCCCGCAUCCACGCCGCCCGCUUGGCCCCCGCCGUCCGCCUCCAUGCAGCCCGCGCCGCCGCCGAGCCUCUGGCUGCUGCUGAGCCUCGCGCUGCCCGGGGUGGCCGCGGUGGCGCUCGGGGACCCCGAGGCCACCGCCGUCCCCGAGCGGCCCCCGGCCGCGGGGCUGCCGAGCGGGAUCCUGCAGCUGGCGGCGCGCGCCGCGCUGCACUUCUUCAACUUCCGCGCCGGCUCGCCCAGCGCGCUGCGGGUGCUGGCCGCCGUGCAGGAGGGCCGCGCACGGGUCGACCCUCAAGGGGGCUGUGAAGUGAACUUGGUGUUUAGUACAGAGCGCUACAACCCCGAGCAGCAAGGCGAGGGACAGCUGGGCAAAUGUUCUGCAAGGGUGUUUUUCAAGAAUCAUAAACCCAGGCCAGCUGUUAAUGUCACCUGCGCGCGGUUCGCGGAGAAAGUGAAGAGACAAGCAAGGGAUUAUCUGCUUUACAAGCAAAUGAAGCAAGUGAAGACUCCGCUGGACAUCAGCAGCAUACCUGAUAGUCAUGGGCAUAUUGAUCCCUCACUGAGACCCCUCUGGGACUUGGCUUUUCUCGGCAGCUCUUACGUGAUGUGGGAGAAGACAUCCCAGUUUUUGCACUACUACUUGAUCCAGCUCAGUAGCGUGAAGCAGUUGAAAACCGAAGAUGAUGGCAUUGAUUUUGACUUUAUUGCUCUACUUCAUGAAUUCUCAACACAGGAAAUCAUACCCUGUCGUAUUCAGAUGGUCUGGUACCCUGGUAAACCACUUAAAGUAAAGUACUAUUGUCAAGAACUCCAGAGCCCAGAAGAAGCCUCUGGGAUGGAAGAAGCCUCUGGGAUGGAAGAAACCUCAGCUAUGGCACCAACAGAGCUCAAUAAUUCCUAAAGAGAGAGAGAAAGAGAAAGAUCUGCUUCAAUCAUAUUCCAAACACAGCGACUCCACAGGUCUACUUCAUCACUCCUGUAUGAGCAAAGGUCCAGGCAUUCUGGCAGCUCGGGCAAGCCUGCACUUACAAGUCAGUGUCCAGGAGCGCCAGCCUGCUUUUGACCUGACCUUGCCUUGGUGUUUAACUGCCAGCCUGUGUGUUCCUGUCUGCUCAGGACUUAACCAAUCAUAAUGAAUGACCACCAGAAGGUGGAUCAGCAGUUGCUUUUGGGAAGAGGGUUCAUCUCUGAAUUUGUAUUUUUUCCUAACUGGAUACACCGCAGCUCUUUUACGUUGCUAAAUUGUUUCUCCUUAUUAUGUCAACAUUUUUUCAGUGUAAGUGAACUGUAGGGAAAUAUUAACUGCUAAUUUCAGGCAGGUAUUCUCUUUUUAACUUGA